UUGUGAAUGGCUUCCAUUGCCCUCCUAUUCAGUCCAGCAGGGCACCUUCAGCUUUAACCACCUUCAUGUUUCUUGGGCCGCUUUGUGCGGUGGGCUUUGGGUACAUGAUAAAGAUGGCCAGUAACUGCAGAAUUAGCUUUGAAGACAACUUCUUUCUUUCUUUCUUUGAUGGUAGCCCUAAGAUAUUUCCCCUUGAACUUAAUGUUAGCAAAGGACACCUAAUCCCCCACUGCCUUGAAAUUGUGUCCACGACAAUAAAAAUUGCAAACCAUCAUCAAACAUCAUACUUGCCUUACCCCAUUCAACAUUACCUACUAACCUAGGCAGGGCUGUGAAACCUCCGCUUAUUCCUGGACGGGAGAUCGGGUGCCUGCUUCCUUUGUGGAAUGCUAUGCUUCAUGGGGAACAAAGACUCCAAGGUAGUACCAAAAAAGAAGAGAGUCAAGGCAACGACUUCGACUUCAACUUCAACCAUGACUAACCAGACAUCUACCCCGAGAACCAAAAAUGACACUGGCACUGACACUGGCACUGACACUGGUACUGGUACUAGCAUUGCCGCUGCCACUCAACUCAAGAACAGAGCGGCUGUAAAAAUUCCCCGGCCUUCCCCGAUUCGAGUUACGAAUUCAUCCUCAAAUUCUCGCCCUUCUAAUGCCCCUCAAAAACACAACCCUAAGCAACGACCUCAUAUUCAACAGCCUCGCCAACAGUCCAAAGUCACACGCACCAACAACAUGGUCCCCAAAAAUGCCAGCUUCUAUGGGCGCGUGAACCCAGCCAUCAUGGGUGGUGUUGGAGACGAUGAGGGUGCUACUGCGGUGCAAAAUCGAAGGAGCAAAUCUCAAGGGUCAUCAUCAAGGAAUACGGCUCAGUCUCAAGCACAUGACAAAAGUUCACUUCAUAAACGACCCGAAACUAGCACCGCCGCCGCUUCAUCUUCAUCUUCAUCUUCGUCCUCCGCUAGCCCGUACGUUGAUCUGCUCGAGUCACUAGACAGUGACGCUGUGACAACAAGGGCAAUAGACAGCCGAGAGUGUCUUGCCUGUAUGGACAAUAAAGCUACGGAUUCUUUUCCAGAUUUCGUCACUUCAAAAUGCACGCACACCCCUUCUGUAUGCUUGGAUUGCAUGGAGCAAUCAAUCGAAGAAGACAUGAAGAGUAAACGCUGGACCGAAAUCAGAUGCCCCGACUGCCGAGAAAACCUAGAAUAUAACGACAUUCAACGCCUUGCCAAUGAACAGACAUUUGUCAAGAUAACAACAGCAGCGAUCCGGGCUGCUGUUGAAGAAGAUGAGAACUUCUUCUGGUGUCCCGCUGAUUGUGGCUCCGGACAGAUUCACGGGUCUGGAUCCGCUCAACCCAUUGUUGUCUGCAUUAAAUGUAGUCGUCGCUCAUGUUUUCACCACGGAGUCGACUGGCAUGAAAAUCUGUCUUGCGAGGAGUAUGAUAAGCUUCAAGAAGAUCCGAGUUUCCGUGGCCACUUGGAACUGGAGAAUGAAAAGUGGUCGAAAGCUAAAGCAGCUCAAGAAAAGGCAGAUCGGGCCCUCGCUCGCAGGUGCGUGGCCAGAGACAAAGCUGAAAUUAAGCGCCAAGAGGAUCAGGAUCGGAGAGAGAGAGCGCAAGAGAGGGAGCGAGCUCUUCGUGAGAAAAUAAAGGCUCAGAAGGCAGCCGAAGAAAGGCGCCAGAUGGCAGCCAGAAAGAAAAUAGAAGAGGCGAGGAGCAAGGCCACAGUGGAAGCCACAACAAAGCCAUGUGGAGGAUGCGGAUGGGCUAUCGAGAAGAAUGCCGGUUGUUCACAUAUGACGUGUAAGUUCCUUGACACCUUUACUAUUUUCGAAUUCUCAGCACAUACAAGCCUGCCAUAAUGCUGCCUUUCCAUCGCCGGUACUGUGGUUUCGCAUAGGACUUACACGCUGGCCACGUUAUAUGGACACUAAUUAUAUCAGGUCGGAGAUGCUAUUACGAAUUCUGUUGGUGCUGUGGCCAGCCGUGGUCCUCAUUACACAGCAGGCAGUGUAUUGACUACCGUUCAAACUGAUUAAAUCGAGUAGUGCCAAUGGGUCUGCACCAAGCCUAUCAUCAUAAUGAGAUCUGACAGUUCAAGGGGGCAACGCAAGAGGAUCCACAGGCACUACUCAAGUUACUCAGUUUAUACGGUAGGCCACAAAGCUUUCAGCUGGCUACAGGCAAAACACCCUAUUCAGUGCUGACUCUUGUGUAUUGCAGGUUUAAAAUGUCGGCAUCAAUUCUG